CCGGUUUGGUUCUCUAUAAAAAGGCAGCGCCGGGAGGCCGCCGCUCUUUCAGCGACUGGAGCCUGAGGAAACAUGUCUGGGAUCAAGGAGCGAACCUUCAUUGCCGUGAAGCCGGAUGGAGUCCAGAGAGGCAUUGUGGGUGAAGUCAUCAAGCGCUUUGAACAGAAAGGGUUUAAACUGGUUGCCAUGAAAUUUCUUCAGGCUCCUAAGGAUCUGCUCGAAAAACAUUACUGCGAGCUUUCAGACAAACCUUUCUACCCCAAGUUGAUCAAGUACAUGAGUUCAGGUCCUGUUGUUGCCAUGGCCUGGGAGGGUCUGAAUGUGGUGAAGACUGGUAGAGUGAUGCUGGGUGAGACCAAUCCAGCAGAUUCCAAGCCUGGCACCAUUCGUGGUGACUUCUGUAUUCAGGUUGGCAGGAACAUCAUCCAUGGCAGUGACUCUGUAGAAAGUGCAAAGAAGGAAAUUAACCUUUGGUUCAAAUCAGAGGAGCUGGUGGAGUAUCAGAACUGUGCCCAAGACUGGAUCUAUGAGUGAAUCAUUCCAGAUUACAGAUGUAACCCUUCUGAAUCAUUCCAAAUUGUCUGCAGAAGUUUUUAAAAACUGAUUUCAUAUCAUGUUUUGAUCAUGAAUGUAAAAGCAAACAACAAUAAACUGACUUUAAAAUA